AUGCUGCAGAUGCUGCUGAUCAGUUGGGUCUUUGCCUUGCUCAGGGUGUCCCUAGGCCAGGCCCAGGUCCCCAUCCAGGCCAACUUUGAUGCCAGCCAGUUCCAGGGCAUCUGGUAUGUGGUCGGGGUGGUAUCGGAUGACCAGGGCUUCCUGGACUCCAAGGACAACCUGAAGAUGCCCGUGGUCUUGGUGACCCCCUUGGCCAAUGGUGACCUGGCCCUCAAGUUUGGGUACUCCACGCCCGAUGGCGGGUGCCAGAAGACGGACACAACCUUCACUAAGGGUGCUGUGGACGGGCAGUUCAGCAACGAGGCCAUGGCGCAGACCGAGAUCCGCGUGGCGUCCACCGACUACAAGCAUUUCACAGUGCUGUACAUGGAGACGCAGAAGGGGGGCGUCAGAACGUCUGGCUGCAGCUCUACGCCCGUGCCCCAGAGCUGUUUCCUGAAGGGGCCCAGAAGAUGCAACAGCUGGUGCCCCAAGUAGGCCUGAACCCCAGCCAGGGCACCCUGCUGCCCCGGUCAGACCAGUGCAAGGUGCCUUCUCCUAGGAAGGAUCCCGCCCAGGAGUGCCAGUGGUGGGGGGGCCCAUGCUCCACGUACUGGGCCUUCCCCAAAGAGCGUGCACCACUCCUCUCUGCCACCCCUCCCCCAGCACAAUAAAUCAUCUCCUAAAGGCCACGGCUGCGGUGCAU